UGAACGCGCUUUCACGUCAAACUACACUCCAAAGACUUUCAUGUUCUCAUUUUAGUUUCCAUCACAAAUAAUGUAAUGCGAUAACAAGUCCACGCAUCAAAAUGGAUACCAUGAUUCGUAAGCCGAUUGCGAUCGCGACCUCGAAACCGGCGCGCAAAACAUACCUCAAUACUAUAUUAUUCCUUUCGACGUCACUUGUGUUGUUUGGGUUUGCUGUGGUAGCUUAUGCGGGGUUUUAUUGGAGCUGGGUGCCAGCGCUUGGGGUGGAAAGGAGGGUUUGGUUGCAAUUUGCACCAGGCCAGCAUCCUCAUGGCAUCGUACCCCUCGACAAUUCCCUUGUAACACGUCAAGAAUACGAUAUUCAACUGGAACUACACAUGCCACGUUCUCCACUCAAUUUGAACGCCGGAAACUUUAUGAUCCAUGUAAAUUUCCUUGGACCUAAUUAUAAAACCCCUAGCUUGAUGCCAGGCGUCGAACAUCUAUUGCCUCUUUCAAGAAUCACUAAGAAUGAAGAUGUACUCUUCUCGUCUCGGCGACCUACAAUUCUGACAUACGAAAGUGAAUUGGUAUCUGGAUUGGGCAAGCUGGUAAAUGCACCACUGUAUGUGCUUGGGUGGAAGAGAGAAGACGAAAAAAUCACCGCGGAAAUGGCGGAAGGUGUUAGUUUUCCAAGAGGAAACAAGAACAUACCAAGUGCAGUGGAAGUGGUCAUCGAGAAAGACUCGGGCGAAGUACAAAUAUAUGGAUGUAGAAUAUUUAUAAGAGCGAAAUUAAGUGGCCUGCGGUGGUGGAUGUGGAAUUGGAGAAUUAGCACUGCCAUCAUCGUGGUGGGCGCGUUUUGGGGGGCGGAAAUGCUAGGGUGUAUUGUUGGGUGGGCAAUCCUGAAGUUAUGUUUUGGAGGAAGGGAGAAAGAAAGGGUUGGAAAGGGACAAGAGAUUGAAAAGAGUGAAGAUGCAAUCAAAGAAGAGGCAACGGAUGAUGAGCCAGAUCUUUCAGAUACUCCGAGAACAUUCCCGACUGUAAGGGGUCAAAUGCCAUUGAUAUAUCCACCAGUAGGCAUCAAGAAAGAAGAGGAUGAGGAAGAUAAAACAUUGGAAGAAGCGGUGAUUCUGCCUCUUGGAGGGGAUGCGGACGAUGAAGACGAAGACGGGGAAGGCAGUUGGCAAGCUGGUAGGAGAAGUGAUUCUGGCCUGGGCACAAGUUUUAGUGAAGGUGGUACUGGAGGCACGGCCCGGCUCACUCGAAGGAGAAGUCGAGGUGGUCAGGCGAACGGAUUGUGAAAUUGCUCAAAGAGUUGGCGUAUUGGGUUGGAUAGAUGAAAUGGAGAUACCCUUAAUUGUAACAUUUUAGUGAUCAUAGGCCGGUAGGGAGAUUCGGAGUUUGGGGCAGGUUCGAGAAUUUGAUCUACUUCUGACAUUAGUUUACCGUGUAUUCCUAAUGGCAAGUGUUGCAUAUGAAUCUCAAAUUUUGGCGUUCACAGCCUUACUAUAUUAUCAACU